AUGGCAGCAGCAGCGGUGGCAACUGACACGGAACCUCGACCGUACCCGGAGCUCGAGGCUAUUCCGCCGGCGCCACCCCGUUCCGCGGCCGCUUCCACCCGCUCCUCGGCCUCGUCGUUGCUCCCCGUCCCCAACUGGGUGGUGCGCCUCUUUUCAGCGUUCCCGCUGCACGUCUGGCCAGAGGCCGACGUCAUCUCCCCGGCACCAUCCCCGCCGCCUCGGAAACCAACGCUCUACGUCGCGCCACACCUCAACCGGGACGGGACGCUGUCACCACCCUCGCAGCACGCCAGCACGAGCAAAGAGACCCUGGGAUGGACAAGCAGCGACCCCACUUGCCUGAGAUGGCAGCUCCAGCUCCUCUUUCGCGGCGUCGACUUCGACGUCGAGUUCAUCGACCCUAGCCAGAGCUGGGGUCCCGGUGGCCAGCUGCCGUUCCUCCACCUGCCGCCGGCCUUCCAGCCGCCCUCGACGAACGCAUCGUCCAGCUCGAGAUCCUGGCUCGGCGCAAAGAGGGGCGCAGUUGUUCCCUCGCUGCUGACCGCGGCCGCCCUGCCACACUUCCUCGACAACCACUUCCCGCUCUGGCGUCCCGAGCUUGGUGAAAAGGCCGACGCAAACCCGUUGUGGAAGGACAAGGCGACCGAGCUCGAGAGCCGCACCUGGAUCAACCUCCUCUCCGGCCGUGUCAUGGCUGGCGUGCUGCUCGCCGUUCUUCUCAGCCCUCACUCUGCAUCAACUCUUCAAGCGCAAGACAAGCCGUACCUGACCAGCCUCCUGUCCUCGCAGCUCCAGACGACCUUCCUGGACGACCAGCUGCGUCGCAUCUCGGCGCUCAACCCGAAAGCUCGCUCUCAGCCGACCAGCCGGCUGCCAGGCUGGGAGGUUGGUUUCCUCGGUUGGGUCGGCGCCCAUUCAAUGGGUGCGGGCGCGGGUCAGGAUGCAGCGACGGGCGACGGCGAAGACAGCCUGCGAUACGCCGCGCCCGUGGUGGACGAAAACAAGGUCGUCGACGACGCAGUCAAGGGUAUCGAAGCGUUGGGACUGCGCACGCAGGCCGAUCUCGAGGGGGCAGAAGGCGCCUGGAUGCUUGGCGCAAGCCAGCCCACGGAGCUCGAUGCUCUGACCUUUGCAAUUGUGCACAGCGUCAUGUCGCUCUCGGCCACGCCUGCUUUCGCCAAUGCCUCUGCGACCACGGACGAUGACAGGCGGGCCCUGCUGCGCCUGAAGGCAGCAAUCGAGGGCAAGCCGUGGCUCGUCGGCUGGUCCAGGAGGGUGUGGAAGGACAAGGUGCGACCCAAGGAGAGAGGCCAGUAG